AUGAGACUGCACACCUAUGAAUCCUCUAAGAAUUAUAAGGAAAAGGUUAAAUACUACCAUGAUAAGAAGUUGAUCAAAAGAGCAUUCAUGCCAGGACAGCAGGUGCUGCUAUUCAACUCUAUACUUAAACAUUUUCCAGGAAAGUUGAAGUCCAAGUGGUCAGGUCCGUUCCUAAUAAAAAAAAAUCUUCCACACGGAGCAGUUGAUUUAACAGAUCCAGGCUCCGAAGACCCACAAAGAAGCUGGAUAGCCAAUGGACAACGCCUGAAGCGAUACAUGGGUGGUGAGGUGGAGCGCCUCUCCACAGUCAUGCAACUGGUUGAUGUGACAUGA